UUUUUUUUUUUAAGAGUGGCUCUCAGCUGCCGAGGCGGAUGAUGAUGAUGGCGGAGCUGGUUCAGGGACAGGCCUCGGUGGCUCAGCCCGGAACGAAAGAUGACUUCGCGGACACGAUACGCCGGGUUCGACAGAUGGCAGCCAAGAUGGGAGGAGACCAGAUGCCCAACAUGAACAGUUCCCCUCCGGUCAUAGACCACUCCCUCUAUGGCUUUGGGGGGCAGAAACGCUCCCUAGACAAUGGAGUAGGGAACCACCUUGGUGCGAUGGUACAUCAAAGGGCUCUUGCUACAGAAGACUACAAAGUGCCUGAUAAGAUGGUGGGAUUCAUCAUUGGAAAGGGAGGAGAACAGAUCUCAAGAAUUCAGCUGGAAUCAGGUUGUAAGAUCCAGAUUGCUUCAGACAGCGGAGGCAUGUUGGACAGGCCCUGCACGCUGACUGGAAGCCCAGAGAACAUUGAUCAGGCCAAGAGGCUGCUGAGCGAGAUCGUGGAGCAGUGUCGGUACGGUCCGGGCUUUCACAGUGACAUGGACGGCAGUUCCAUCCAACAGAUCCUCAUCCCUGCCAACAAAGUCGGCCUCGUCAUCGGCAAAGGAGGAGAGACCAUCAAACAACUGCAGGAGAGGACUGGAGUGCAGAUGAUAAUGAUUCAGGAUGACCCGAUGCCCACCGGAGCAGACAAGCCCCUGAGAAUCACUGGGGAUCCCCACAAAGUGCAGCAAGCCCGUGAACUGGUGGUGAAGCUCAUCCGAGACAAGGACCAAGGAGACUUCAGAGUUGGCAGAGCAGACUUUGGAUCCAAAAUGGGGGGGAGCAGUCUGGAUGUGGUUGUGCCCAGAUUUGCUGUCGGCAUCAUCAUCGGCAGGAACGGGGAAAUGAUCAAGAAGAUCCAGAAUGAUGCCGGGGUCAGGAUCCAAUUCAAACAAGAUGACGGAGUCAGUUCUGACCGCAUCGCUCAGGUGAUGGGUCAGCCAGACCACUGCCACCAUGCGGUCCACCUCAUCAAUGAACUGGUCCAAACUGCUCAGGAGCGAGAUGGAUUUGGAGGUGUAGUCGGACGUCGGGGGCGGAGCGACUGUAACAUGGGAAGCUCUCCGGGCCUUCAGGAGGUGACCUACGCGGUACCUGCCGAUAAGUGUGGACUAGUGAUUGGCAAAGGUGGAGAAACCAUCAAGAACAUCAAAGAGCAGUCUCGUGCCCACGUGGAGCUGCAGAGAAACCCGCCGCCCAACACCGACCCCAACGUGCGCAUCUUCUCCAUCCGAGGCACCCCUCAGCAGUUGGAGAAGGCUCGCCAGCUGAUCGAUGAGAGGAUUGGGGGCCCGGGAAUGGGGGGCAACAGCAGCUUCGGUAUGAAUCCCUACAACCAAGGACCAACCACUCCUCCUCAACAAAGUGGGGCUCAGACGUUCAUGACCGGAGGCUGGGGUACGACUUUUCAAAUCUGGCAGCCUCAAGGCCAACAGGAGCACAGUCACAAUGGAUCCCAGACGAGCCAGAUGGACUGGGAAGAGUAUUAUAAAAAACUAGGUCAGCAAAACCAAGCCCAGAGCACUGCUCCUGAAUACAACAAAGCUUGGGGCCAGACAGCUGGUCCUGCAUCUCAGCAGACCUCUAAUCCCGACUACAACGCCUGGGUUGACUUCUACAGGCAGCCGAUGGCCUACUUCAACCAGGGCGCACAGCAGACACAAGCCCCGGGCCUUCAGGAUCAUUAAGAGGAGCCGCCCAGGUGAAAGACUUGAAUCACUGAGGAUGAAAACGACCCUUUUUUAACAGAGGGGUUAUAGAUUUGAAACGCCUUGAAGACUUUUUUUCUUAGUGAGAAACACUAGCUGUAGAAUGACUUAUAUGAUAAAGUAAUAUUUCUAAAAAUCAGGAACAGUUAUUUGUUACUAAAUGCUUGUGUACACUGUUAUUUUGAAUAGACAGUAUCUGGGAUCCCUUUUUGGACUUGAGAGAGCUGUUUCGUUUUUCUAUAUUUUCUUGUCUUUGACUCAGAUUGUACCGCCAAAACUGACCCGAGUUGUAACAUUUCAAAAGGCAAUAUGAUCUAUUUUUUCUAGUUAUGUUUAAAAUGAAACCAUGAUUAUGUGCUUAGCAGUCUUGAAUACCGUUUGUCAUAAGAUGUUAAAAAGCGUGUUAAAAUGUUUUUUCCUUUUACACAAUUCAGUGAAAUGAAACUGUGAUGUUUUGUUACAGGAAAUGUAUUUUUGUUACACGGUUUAAAAACAAGGAUUAAUGCCAGCCACCGGCAAUAGUUCCAUUUAAUUCCUGUCGUGCAUUGUAUGCUGUUUUUCAUUGUCAUGUUGUUGUACUCUGGUUUAAAAAAGGUGCAAUAUCUAAUUUCACUUUUGAAACAAAGAUGGGUUCUUUAAUAUUUUUGACAGACUUUUAACUUGUAGUUUUAAAAGUUAUUUUUCUUUCUCAAAUUGAAAUGUCAUAGAUAAUGUAUUACAAUUAUCUGUUAUGAUAGGAUUUAGGGGGAUGUUGCAAAUAGCUUUUUUGCCUUUGCUACCUUGUAAAACUAUGUAUAUAUGCUCAUAUAUUUGACUGUUAAUUUAAAAUAUAUAUGUUACAUAUAUAUAUAUACUUAUAUAAAAAUUAUUUUUUCCUGCGAUCAGUUUUGCAGGAAAAUUGUCCCUCUUUUUCUGUUCUGUUUUCAUACUGAAAAUGUUCAAAGAUUGUGAAUGUGUGAUUUGAAAUUUGAUGUUGCAUCUUGUUAUGAAGAAAAUAAGUGAUAGAUUUUUGUGUAUGUUCUGUACCAGGGUUAUUCAAGACUGCUAAGCCUCUGUACUUCUACCUGUGUAAUAAUUAAUAUAGUAUUUUUAUGUUUUAAGUAUUAUGAUCAAAAACGUUCUUAUUUGGUACCUCCCAGUUCACCAACUCCCCACUGAGCCUCGCUGUGGACUCAGUGGGGAGUUGGACUCAGUCCAACGCUAAUAACAUUUUAAUUAAUUUUUUUAUUUCUUUGUGUGCUCAGAUAUAAAUUAUAUAAAUAAUGAUUCUGGUAUUAACGUCAUUUCUUAAUGAAAAGGGAUAUAAUUUCAAAAUGUCUAAUUAUGGUGUUUUUUUUCCUUUGUGUACAGUUAACCAUGUAUUAAAAACAUCCAGACUACCUUUA